GAAUCUAACCCCCCCCUCCCCCCCACGUGACGUACACUUCCGCCAUUGCCGAGACGCGGAAGAGGGAGCGCGAUCAGCCCCCGUGUGGCGCCUUGUUUCCCCGGGACGUCUCUCACUUCUUCUCGAUGGCGUCGACACCGACUCUGCAGAAAGCAAUAGAUCUUGUCACCAAAGCUACAGAGGAAGACAAAGCUAAGAAUUAUGAAGAAGCACUAAGGCUUUACCAACAUUCUGUGGAGUAUUUUCUCCAUGCCAUUAAGUAUGAAGCCCAAAGCGAGAAGGCCAAAGAGAGCAUUAGAGCCAAAUGCAAGCAGUAUUUGGAGCGUGCCGAGAAGCUGAAAGAAUACCUCCGGACCAAGGAGAAGGGUGGCAAGAAGCCUGUCAAGGAGUCGCAGUCCAACGACAAAGGCAGCGACAGUGACAGUGAAGGUGAAAAUCCAGAAAAGAAAAAAAUGCAAGAGCAGCUUCAAAGUGCAAUUGUAAUGGAGAAACCAAAUGUGAAAUGGAGUGACGUGGCUGGGCUGGAAGGGGCCAAGGAGGCGCUGAAGGAGGCAGUCAUUCUGCCUAUAAAAUUCCCACAUCUUUUCACAGGCAAACGCACGCCAUGGCGUGGCAUCUUGCUCUUCGGACCACCCGGCACAGGGAAGUCGUACCUGGCGAAGGCUGUGGCCACUGAAGCUAACAACUCCACUUUCUUCUCUGUCUCCUCAUCGGACCUUGUGUCCAAGUGGUUGGGUGAGAGUGAAAAGCUGGUGAAGAAUCUGUUCGAGAUGGCACGUCAGCACAAGCCCUCCAUCAUCUUCAUCGAUGAAGUAGACUCCCUGUGUGGCUCCCGCAAUGAAAAUGAGAGCGAGGCGGCACGUCGCAUCAAGACAGAAUUCCUGGUCCAGAUGCAGGGCGUUGGAGUUGACAAUGAUGGUAUUCUUGUGCUGGGGGCAACCAACAUCCCGUGGACUUUGGAUUCUGCCAUUCGCAGGAGGUUUGAGAAACGGAUCUACAUUCCACUGCCAGAGGAACAGGCACGGUUAUCCAUGUUCAAACUGCACCUGGGUAACACUCCGCUCAGUUUGUCGGAGAUGGAUUUCCGUGAACUCGGCAAAAAGACAGAGGGCUACUCUGGAGCCGACAUUAGCAUCGUUGUGCGCGAUGCCCUCAUGCAGCCCGUGCGCAAAGUGCAGUCCGCCACACACUUCAAGAGGGUACGAGGACCUUCAAGAGAUGACCCAGAUAUGAUUGUGGAUGACUUGCUGACUCCAUGCUCUCCUGGGGACCCCAAUGCCAUUGAGAUGACCUGGAUGGAAGUCCCUGGAGAUAAGCUGCUGGAGCCUGUCGUCUCUGCGUCGGACAUGCUACGCUCACUCGCCACUACACGGCCCACCGUCAACUCUGAAGACCUCAAAAAGCUCCAGAAGUUCACAGACGACUUUGGCCAAGAGGGCUGAGACAGGCUAGAAGUUGGUAUUUAUCAAUGGAUUGCGCCAACAUUUAUACCGCAGGAUAAGUACUUGUACAGCUGUUUAAGGCCCUUUCCCUUGGUUUGCGUAUUACCGACAGGUGAUUAUUUAGAAUCAUUAAUUCUAUUAUGACUUAACUGACUUUCCCUCCCCCCCCCCCAAUUAUUUUCUUAGUGUCAUCAAAUGACCAGUCAGGCGCAUUAUGAGCAUGUUAAUGGUGAAAACACACACGGGUGCGUUUCAAAAUAAUGCACGCUCCAAUCCACUUGUCGCCAAAUUGGAAACAUUACAGCUGCCUCUAGAGGAUGGCCGUCGUUCUUAACGGUGGUGAGAAAUGUGCGUCAACAACAAAACAACCCGGAUAUUUGUUCCCACUUUCUUUUUUAAUAUUGCCAAUUAGCAUUUUGUAAACCGCUCAAGGUUUCACAAACAUUACCCGGUUCACAAGCUGUUCCCCAAGGCUAGUGCAAAUGCCUCUGUCUCAUUAAGUGAUUGUUGUAUGAGAGAAAAAAAAGCUUCGUCAUAUUAUUGGGUCGUUGGGUUUUGUAACUGUUUUGCAUGGUUUUUGUCAAAUACUGUAUACCUACCUUUAAACAUGUUCUGUGUAAAAUGUAUGAACUUUACUCGCACAGUAAGUCUGCAAAAGCCUUGAAUAUGUUCUUUCUAUUCUGCCAACUUAAGUUUCUCUCCUUUGUUGUGUUUAAUUUUUGUUUUGUGAGGAUUUUCACUCAUGAUUUUAGUGUGUACAUACUGAAUUCAUCCAUCUAUUCCAAGUAAAGUAAAUGGACAGGCCAUUUCACAGCUUCAGUAGCUUUGAACCUAGGGUUGUUACGACAGUAUAUUGUUGCAGUUAAUAAAAUGUAAAUAAAAUAUUAAUGGAAUGAUGAAGACUAUUUUGGUUUUUGAAUUGGGAACUGGAUCUGAAUGUUGACACUUGAUACAUUUCAGCUCUGAAUGGGACAAUUUAAAAUCCCAUUUUUGAAUUCCAUUCAGAAUUGGCACUUUUUAAAGAAUCACGGAAUCUUGAGUCUAUAGGCGGAAACAAAGGCUGUGUUUUCUUGGCUGGUGUUCGUUGGUGGCGUGGCACGCACGUGGCUGCAAAAGACGUGGCAACACUUAUUGGAAAAUUCGUAAAAAUCUGAAUGUUGGUACAGUAUUUAACACCAGUUUCAAGAUAUGGGCUUCAGCCUUUCCUCAUACCUAGUGAGUCAACUAGAGCAAUAUGCAUGCUCCACGUGUGUGUCACGUGUUUAAAAUAUACCCUGUCCUGCUCCUCUGUGUUUUUGUAUUCCCUCUCUUUAAAAGAAAUGUCACAUUACAGGGCUGGAUCAUUACAGUGUGCUCUGUAUAAUGUGACUAUGCUGUGUGCAAUGUGACAUCAUAUCAUGCUCUGUGACCUGA